AUGGACGAAGACCUUUAUGAUGAGUUUGGAAACCUAAUUGGGGCUGAAACGGACAGUUCCCUUUCGGAUGAGGAAGAAUCGAUUUAUAGAUCUGGCGAGGCAAACUCUGCUGUUGCUAGCGAGGAAUCAGAUCCAGAACAAGCCAGCUCAGCACUAGUGACGCGGGAGACACUGGCUACCGCUUUUCCAGAUGAUGUUGAAGUUCUAGUAGAGACCGAAGAUCAGCAGUCUAUAACACAACCGCUAGUGAAGCCUGCGGACCAAGCUAAGGAUGAAGCAUCCGUUUACAGCAAAUUAACUACUAAAACGCCUAAGGUGACAUUUGACUAUGAGUACUUGCACGCUUUGCUGGAACUUCCGGAAAGGACAAAAAAUAUCUGCGUUUUAGGCCCUUUAAAUUCGGGCAAGACUUCGCUGGUGGACCUUUUGGUUUGGGAAUCUCACGAAAAAAUCGCCAACGUUUCCAAAAAAAUUAGACAGGGCUGGAGACCGCUCAGGUACUUGGACAACACGAAACUUGAGAUUAAUCGAGGUAUCAGCUGCAAACUGAACGGAUUCACUUUCCUCGGUUGCGAUUUACAAGAUAAGUCUGUUGCGCUGACUAUGCUAGAUGCUCCUGGGCACGUCAAUUUUAUGGACGAAGUUGCAGUAGCGAUGUCUGCAUCAGAGACCUGCCUUGUGGUAAUCGACGUUGUGGAAGGAAUAACAGCGGCGGCUCAACAACUUAUUGAUCAAAUCCAGAAACGAGGCCAUGGGAUGAUUUUUGUACUGAACAAGAUUGAUAGACUGAUUCUGGAACUUCAACUACCCCCUAAAGAUGCAUACCUGAAAAUUGCACAUGUAGUAGAACAGAUUCAAAGGUGUACACAUUCAAAGUACUCUCCAGAGCUAGGAAAUGUCAUUUUCGCCUCUGCCAAGCUGGGAUUCACAUUCAGUAUAAAAGAGUUUGUUUCCUAUCAUUACCAAAAUCGACUGGGUAUGGCAAAGGUACAGGGUUUCAUUGACAGGCUGUGGGGAAACAUUUACUUCCAUUCAGGUCAAUUUUCGGCGAAACCAAAUGCCAAGGGUACAACAACUUUUACAGAAUUCAUCCUAAUUCCUUUGUACAAGAUGUUCACGCAAACUUUGGCGAACAAGCCAAAAGAAGUGGCAGUUUUUCUGAAGACGCGAUUCCAGGUCGAUCUCAGUCCGGAAAAUCAGAAUCUAGAUCCCCAACCCUUGUUGAAAAAGGUUUUGAGUUUGAUAUUCCGAAACCAAUGCGGUCUCGUCGACAGUAUAAACGAAUUUUGUGUGACUGCUCAGGAAACGAAUAAUGCCAAAAUGACCACUGCGAGUCACAAUUGUCCGAACAAUGCAAUUUUGGCGCAUGUUAUAAAAGUAAUGGAUUACUGUGGCGAGGAGUGGGCACUUGCCAGGAUUUAUCAAGGCAGCAUUAAUGUGAAUGAUUCCUUGCGAGUUAUUGACGUUGAGGCAUCAAAUGAUGAAGAUGCACCUACGGUGAAAGUUCGAGCGAUGGCGCUCAUGGGCGGCAGAUACGUAGUCCCGAUCCAACGAGCGAGUGAAGGUCAAAUUGUCUUAGUAAAGGGUGUUGAAGACUUUCUAACCAAAUCUGGCACACUCACAACUUGCGAGAAUUUCAAAUUUCCUGCGAUCGACUAUAUCAAUGAGUCCACCUUCAAACUAAUACUCAAACCUUUGCAUCCUCGUGAACUACCUCUCAUGCUGGAGGGAUUGAAUAAGGUCAACAAAUUCUAUCCCGGGAUGGUGACAAGCGUUGAGGAAACUGGCGAAACCACAAUUUUGGGAACUGGAGAGCUAUAUCUGGACUGUCUAAUGUGGGAUCUACGAAACAACUACGCCAAAGCUGAAAUUUUGGUGUCGAGUCCGCUUGUUAAAUUUGCGGAAACUUGUAUCAAUGAAUCUUUCGCUUCCAUUCCGGUAAGUUCUGCUAGUGGCAAAAAUCUAACUCUAAGCGUCACCGCCCAGCCGCUAGAAAAAGAUCUGGCAGGCGAUCUAUUGAACGGCACAUUAACAGGACGGGAUACUGAAAACGUCCGUAAGCUGGCGAAAAUAUUACGUGAAAAAUACGGAUGGGAUUCUCUGGCUGCCCGAAACGUGUGGAGUAUGGAGAAAGGAAACGUCUUCGUGAAUGACACCUUGCCAGAUGAAGUUGACCCUGACACUUUGACGAGUGCGAAAGAAGCUAUUUGCCAAGGCUUUGAGUGGGCAGUCAGGGAAGGUCCGCUGGCAGAGGAAGCCAUUCACGGAGUACAAUUCCGACUUUUGAGUAUUGUUGCUGAAGGCCUAUUGAACAAAGGUCAACUUGUCUCGCUUGCCCGCAAAUCUUGUUACGUGGGGUUACUCACUGCCGAACCCGCGCUUUUAGAGCCCAUUUACGAAGUUAGCGUAGUAGUCAGGGACCUGCUGGUGGAAAUAGUCGAGGAAAUUUUCGCCAAAAGACGCGAUGCCCGAAUCUAUAACCGUGUCAAAAUACCGGCUACGCCUCUCACGGAAGUAUGGGGCCAAAUUCCUGUAAUCGAUUCGGUGGGCUUCGAAACCGAUCUACGACUCGCAACGAACGGGCAGGCCAUGUGCCAGCUGCAUUUUUUCAAGAAAAUAUGGCGGAAAGUGCCUGGUGACGUUAUGAACGAGGAUGCACCAAUUCCAAAACUGAAACCCGCACCUCGCGAGAGCAUGAGUCGAGACUUUGUCAUGAAAACUCGCCGGAGAAAGGGUCUGUCUUCAGACGGUCACGUGACACAGGAUGGACCUUCUUUAUCGCGUUAUAUCAGUCCAGAGCUAUUUGAAAAGCUCAGACAGAACCAGUUGGUGUGA